AUGUCCGAGUACAACUGCGCUGCUAAGGGUCCUCUGAAACUUAAAACGGAGGCAAAAAUGUCCAAGCCGAAGAAAAACAAGAAGCAUCGCAAAGAUGACGCUAAAAAAAUAAUUGCAGCCGAAGUUGUUUCAGCUGAAAAAGAGCCCGUUCUUACUAAAACUGCGGCUGAGGUCGAAUUCGAAAGAAAGAAGGAAAGGCGAAUGAUGGAAACAAUUUUGAGCAAGGCUGAAAAAUCGCACAAGCAAAGAAUCAUGGAAUUUAAUGAACAGUUAAAUUCAAUGAGCGAACAUUUUGACAUCCCCAAAGUAUCUUGGACCAAAUAG